CUGUUCGUGCGGCGAUCCGAUAGGCGCGCUUUCUCUCUCUAAAUCGCUCCUCCGUUCCUCCGUCACGAGAUACCGGAAAAUACCUUGAACUCGCAGUCGCCGCCGUCAUCAUCAUCGCCAUUUCAAAACUUGUCUUCGUUUUCACUCAUAUAUACGUGUCGGAAAAAUCACGAAUUCUGAUCGCUUGAUUUUGCAGUUAUCAAUAUUCAAAUCAAUGGACCGAAAGUCAAUUCCUAAAAAUUGUUGUAGGAUUUGGAUUCGACGAUCUCCUGAGAGCUGCAUCUGCGUGGUGUUCGACGUUCAAUAGGACUUCUUUUAUAAUUGAUAUUUGAUUUUAGCGAUCGGUUCAAAUGGAGAAAAAGAAGUAUCCGGUCGGAGCAGAGCACUAUGUGCUGUAUGAGGAGAUAGGACAAGGUGUCAGUGCCUCAGUUUUUCGAGCUUUGUGCAUCCCUAGUAACGAGAUUGUUGCUAUUAAAGUACUCGAUUUUGAACGUGGCAACAGCGAUUUGAACAAUAUAUCGCGUGAGGCUCAGACAAUGAUCCUGGUUGAUCAUCCAAAUGUUCUUAAAUCACAUUGUUCCUUCGUAAAUGACCAUAACCUAUGGGUUGUCAUGCCUUUUAUGCCUGGUGGUUCUUGCCUUCAUAUAUUGAAGUCUGCCCAUCCCGAGGGUUUUGAGGAAGUUGUUAUUGCAACUAUACUGCGAGAGGUAUUAAAGGCACUGGAGUAUCUUCACCAUCAUGGCCUCAUUCAUCGAGAUGUCAAAGCUGGAAACAUUCUCAUUUGCGAGCGUGGUUCAAUCAAGCUGGGAGAUCUUGGUGUUUCCGCUUGCCUAUUUGAUUCUGGUGAUAGACAACGGACGAGGAAUACAUUUGUUGGGACACCAUGCUGGAUGGCGCCUGAGGUUAUGGAACAAUUGCAUGGCUAUGACUUCAAGGCUGAUAUCUGGUCCUUUGGCAUAACGGCUCUGGAGCUUGCUCAUGGGCAUGCUCCUUUCUCGAAGUAUCCUCCAAUGAAGGUUUUGCUCAUGACCUUGCAAAAUGCACCUCCUGGUCUUGAUUAUGAGAGGGACAAGAAGUUCUCUAAGUCUUUUAAGCAGAUGAUUGCAAGUUGCCUGGUUAAAGAUCCUUCAAAACGUCCUUCUGCAAAGAAGCUUCUGAAGCAUUCUUUUUUCAAACAAGCUAAAUCGAAUGAAUUUAUAGCACGCAAGCUUUUGGAAGGACUGCCUACACUUGGUGAUCGCCUUCAAGCAUUGAAGAGAAAGGAAGAAGAUAUGCUUGUGCAAAAGAAGAUACCUGAUGGACAGAAGGAAGAAAUGUCACAGAACGAAUAUAAAAGAGGGAUUAGUGGCUGGAACUUCGACCUUGAAGAUGUAAAAGCUCAGGCUUCCUUGAUCCAGGAUGAGGAGUCUAUAUCUGACAAAGACCAAUUAGGGAACUCAAACUCUUUCAAUGGGACCGCAGCAGGUGAAAUAGACCUUCAGCAUGAAGUGGCGUAUAUGAAUGAGGCUUCAACAGAUUUAAUUCUAUGCAUUAUUUUUGCUUUUAGAAUAAUGACUAACAUUUUGCAGGCCGGAUCUGCUCCAAUUGUCAACAGUCCUGCAAAAUUCUCUGCAGGCAACUGUGAGAAACCUGUAGAUGCCUUGGGGUUUGCUAGAUCUGCCGAUGGGCACCUGAGUUUGCAGUAUUCUUCUUCCUCUGAUGAUAAUGGCAACAUGAUCAAUUAUGCUGGAAAACCUUACUUGGAUACUAAUGGAAAACCCUUCAAUUGUGUUGCAUCUCUUCCUCACCAAGGGGAAGCUUCAUCUGGAUGCAUUGUUGUGGAGGAGAAUGGCAAGUUGCAAGGUCAGAUACCUGUAGUCCGUAGUUGUAAUGGAAUUCAAUUACUCCAGGUGGUAGAUGCAUCGACAUCUGAGUCCAUGUCGAAGACCUGUAAAACAACAUUAACUAGUGAUGAACAAGAUGAGAAGACAAAGUGCCCUGUGGUUCAACAGAAAGGGCGUUUUAAAGUGACCUCUGAGAAGGCCGAGGUCGAGAAGGGUGCUUCAUGUCCUGCAUUAUUAAAGAGUCCAAGCAUGCGGGUAAUAAUCCAACAUCCCACUGUCUCUCAACCGUCUCAAGGUGACACCUCUUCUAUGCCACAAAAUCAAACUACCCAUCUCCUUCCCCCUAUGGUUGCUGCUCAGCAGACAAAUAAUCUUCAACGGAAUGGCAAAUCAAGUUCAACAACGCAACUCUCUACUCCUGAUACAACAGCCAACAGCAGCACAGAUGGAGGAUCCACACCUGUCAACAUCAACGGACUAGAGAAAUCAAAGCUAGAGGCAGCCAACGAUAGGGAAAAGGAAUUACUCGAUGAAAUAACCGAUUUACAUCGGAGGCUCUUAUCUGCGCAGGAGGAGCUACAGAAAUACAAAGCUGGAAAUGCACAGGCAUGAGUUGUGUCGGAUUCAACCAACCACCUAAUCAGACAAAGCUUUUAUCAUCCAAGAUCGCUUUUGAAAUAAAAAGGUUCAAAUUGCUCAUGCACAUAUGCAUAAUUUUAGUUAUUAUUUCUUGUCGAGGGUUGUGGCAUAGUUUAUUCUUCUCUCCUUUACUGUUUUGGUCUUCACAUUCUUUUAAUGCGAAUACUGUUGGACAUUUUUACAUGUUUCUAGAUAAUUCUGUCCCCCUUCCUUUAAGGAUUGGUCAGUCAUAAUGUAACCAUCUCAAUGUGGUUAUGGUUCACUCAGCCAAUUACAAGAGGACCAGGUUAGGUUCCGUUAGAGAACAUAAGGUUAGUACCCCUUGGUCACAUUUCUGUAGGUAGUUACAUUUACAUACAAGUAAUUUUUUAGUAAUUUGUCCGG